AUGACGACUGUCGCCUUCUCAAUCAAUUAAUUAUUCUACACUUUCCAUCCUCUUCUUUCCUCUCAUAAUCAGUGACUCCCUCCUUCUCUCCCUCUCACCUACCGCUACACCUAGCUUACCAAUUACAAGUCUGCUACUGCCUACCGAUACCCAACUUACUCCGCUAUAUUCUAUCCCGUCCUAUCUCGGACCUUCACCCGUUAAACCGACACAACUUGAAACCUAGACUUGCCAUACUCAACAACCAAGUCGUCCAACACCUCCUUCGAAUAAUUUUUUACCUUUCAAGACACCAAAUUGGACAUCCACGAUAAUCAGCUGCCUACCCAUCAAUCAACAGAGAUAUUUUGACAUCAUACCUAAAACAUCAUGACCAAACCACGGUUGAUCAUCUUGGUUCGCCACGGCCAGUCUGAAGGCAACAAGAACCGCGAAAUCCAUCAGACCGUUCCCGAUCACCGGGUCAAACUCACACCAGAAGGCUGGAGCCAAGCCCACGAUGCCGGACGCCGACUCCGAAGUCUUCUUCGACCAGAUGAUACUCUUCAAUUCUUCACUUCGCCAUACCGCCGAACUCGAGAGACCACAGAGGGAAUUCUCGAGACCCUGACCUCUGACGAAACCUCUCCGUCGCCCUUCCGCCGAAAUAACAUCAAGGUGUACGAGGAACCCCGACUACGUGAGCAGGACUUUGGCAACUUCCAGCCAUGCAGUGCUGAGAUGGAGCGUAUGUGGCAGGAGAGGGCUGACUACGGUCACUUCUUCUACCGCAUACCCAAUGGCGAGAGUGCCGCCGACGCUUACGAUCGUGUUAGUGGCUUCAACGAGAGCUUAUGGCGGCAAUUCGGUGAAGAUGAUUUUCCCAGCGUCUGCGUUCUCGUCACUCAUGGUCUCAUGUCUCGAGUCUUUCUCAUGAAGUGGUAUCAUUUCACCGUCGAGUAUUUUGAAGAUCUCCGCAACAUCAACCAUUGCGAGUUCCUUAUUAUGCGCAAACAGGAGAACCAGAAGUAUCUUCUCGAGAAUAAACUACGGACAUGGUCUGAUCUGCGACGAGAGCGAAAGGACAAGAAAGAAAAAGACGAAGACAAGGAUUGCUCAAAGCUGCCACGUACCAAGACUUUUAUCGUAACACGUCGUUGGGGUGGAUGUCCCAAUGGCUGCGACCAUGGUCGUGGCUAUGCUAAGCGUGAGGAUCUAGAAGUGAUGCGCAAGAAGGACCAUGAGAAUGGUGGCCCCGCACCUUAUGGAGAGUCCGCACAUGCGGACGAUAUCGUCACAACAAUCGUUAGCCGGAAGCAAAAGUCUCGAGGCGACUACGUCGAAAGCAAGGGUGAGAGUGACACCCCUGUGACCCCCGAAAAUGAUGAUGAUGAUGAUGAUGGUCCUAAGAUCGACAUCUCCUCAAACCAUGAAGGCAAAUCUGUUUCUGACAUCAACGACACCCCUUCAGUCAUUUCCUCCAGCGAAUAUAUACAGUCUCCCUACCUGCAUAUCGGACGCGAUGGGGGCGGCAGCUACUCGGGCCACACCUCCGCUGCCGAGACGGACAACGACUCGUCGGAGGAUGAGAACAUCAGCUUACAUCGAAUCGCCUCCCUUAAUGCCCACCAACACAAGAAUGCCAGCGACCAAAACAACAAGUCCAUGUACGACCACGAGAAACCCCUCCUCAAAGCCGGCCCCGAGCGCUUGACCUACACGAGCGACAAAGACUGCGCGGAUGAUUCAUACGUUCGAUCUAACCGACUUGGCGAUGCCUCAACUGACACUUCUCUUGAUGGCGAUGCCGAUCAUCUUGAUGACUUGGACCACGCCGAAAAAGAGGACCGCAGUAUUCGUGGAAGUGUGUACUAGUGUUAAUCUCACCUAGAUGACCACACUCUCACUCUAGCCACUCACUCUUUUAUGAUUUGAAUUUCAUGAAAAACAGCGGAUACCAGCCCGGCUCGCGGGGCAAAAUGUUUUGACGAUAUUCAUAACUUUACUCUAAUGACGCAUGACUUUGUUUUUUGUUACUUGGAACGGAUCACGGAAAAGCAAUGGAUAGAAUGACUAGUCGACUAUGCUGGCAUGGUUGUUUGAAAUUGAUGUUUUGCUAUUUUUGGAGGAUUUGAUAGCGUCUAUCAUGAUAUCACAUCAAAUAGUAACAUCUUUACUCCUCUUCAAAUGGACCACAAUCUGCUUUGACAUGGCUUUAUGAGGCGCAAGACGUUUUGUGUCACACGUCUUAGUGAGAUAUUGUGUAACUAAUGCAGAUAGGCACUGCCGCUGAGCACAAGCCAGAAAUGCUGUGCUCGGUUGCUGCUUUGUAGCUCUGUACAUGAUCAAUGUAUCCUAACUGUCGUACAAAGCGCGGGAUAGAGUUACUUUAGUAAAUGUAAACAUUACUCCUAGCCUUUGUGUUGUCCUCGUAUCGUGCUUGGAUGAUUGUACAUGCCCCUUGAUUAGCUCGAGCUGAUCCCAGUCCUAUAGCUAGCUCUCACUCGGGGUGUUUUCGUCUUCAUCUUAAUCUUCCUCAUCCAAAAAAUGAACCAUUCCCACAUCAUUGGGAUACAUGUCAACUAGAACCUGCCAGAUUCGUCUUCUGUUGGUGAAACCCAGCGGAACAGUCAGCCCAACUGUCUGGUAGCUCCAAAUAUUCUCGAGCUCGUUCUCCUCGUC